UUUCUCGACUCCAUCUUCAUGGUCGCGGCUGCGGUGGCCGUUGUCCAGUGGCCGACAUGCAGCUUUUUGUCCACGCCCAGGAGCUACACACCCUCGAGGUGAUCUGUCAGGAGACGGUCGCCCAGAUCAAGGUUCAUGUAGCCUCUCUGGAAGGCGUCACUCCAGAAGAUCAAGUCGUGCUCCUGGCAGGCACGCCCCUAGAGGAUGAGGCUACCCUCGGUCAGUGUGGAGAAGAGGCUCUGACCACCCUGGAAGUAGCUUGCCGCAGGCUUGAAGGUAAAGUCCAUGGUUCCCUGACCUGUGCUGGGAAAGUAAGAGGGCAGACUCCUAAGGUGGCCAAACGAAGGAGAAGAAGAAGGAGACUCCUAAGAUCUGUUGCGUAG